AUGGGAAAGUCAGAUUUUCUUACCCCGAAGGCCAUUGCCAACAGGAUCAAAUCCAAGGGCCUUCAGAAGCUGCGCUGGUAUUGCCAGAUGUGCCAGAAGCAGUGCCGGGACGAGAAUGGCUUUAAGUGUCAUUGUAUGUCCGAAUCUCAUCAGAGACAACUAUUGCUGGCUUCAGAAAAUCCUCAGCAGUUUAUGGAUUAUUUUUCAGAGGAAUUCCGAAAUGACUUUCUAGAACUUCUCAGGAGACGAUUUGGCACUAAGAGAGUUCACAACAACAUUGUUUAUAAUGAAUAUAUCAGCCACCGAGAACACAUCCACAUGAAUGCCACUCAGUGGGAAACUCUGACUGACUUUACCAAAUGGCUGGGCAGAGAAGGCUUGUGCAAAGUGGAUGAGACUCCUAAAGGCUGGUACAUUCAGUAUAUAGACAGGGACCCGGAAACUAUCCGCCGGCAACUGGAACUAGAGAAAAAGAAGAAGCAGGACCUUGAUGAUGAAGAAAAAACUGCUAAAUUUAUUGAAGAACAAGUAAGAAGAGGUCUGGAAGGGAAAGAACAGGAAGCCCCUGUUUUUACAGAAUUAAGCAGAGAAAAUGAUGAAGAGAAAGUGGCAUUUAAUUUGAAUAAAGGAGCAUGUAGUUCGACAGCAACAUCUUCCAAGUCAAGUUCUUUGGGACCAAGUGCAUUGAAGGUGAUAGAGGCCACAGCAUCAGUGAAACGAAAAGAACCUUCCCAUAGCUCAGCUCAACCAAAAGAAAAGAAGAAAAAGAAGUCUGCACUGGAUGAAAUCAUGGAGAUUGAAGAGGAAAAGAAAAGAGCUGCCCGAACAGAUUACUGGCUACAGCCUGAAAUAAUUGUGAAAAUUAUAACCAAAAAACUUGGAGAGAAAUAUCACAAGAAAAAAGGCAUUGUUAAGGAAGUAAUUGACAAAUAUACAGCUGUUGUAAAGAUGAUUGACUCUGGAGAUAAGCUGAAACUUGACCAGACUCAUUUAGAAACAGUAAUUCCAGCACCAGGAAAAAGAAUUCUUGUUUUAAAUGGAGGCUACAGAGGAAAUGAAGCUACCUUAGAAUCCAUCAAUGAGAAGACAUUUUCAGCUACUAUAGUCAUUGAAACUGGCCCUUUAAAAGGACGCAGAGUUGAAGGAAUUCAAUAUGAAGAUAUUUCUAAACUUGCUUGA